UGUAGAUUUAGAUUAGCGCGUUCUCCACCAGGCACGCUCUCUUCUCCCCAAAGGUCUCGAGAGCUCCCUGGACUGUUCUCGCGCUUCAGACCGCGUUUACAGCUUCCGAUUUUCCCCGCGAAAUGAGCACCGUCCUCUCCUGCCAAGAUAUGGGCUUUGUAGGGGGGCAGCGCUACGACUGCGCUUACUCCGCCUCGACGUCAUCUGAUGGCAGUGUUGACGUUUCCACAACAACGCUCGUCUCCCUUUGGGACGCCGGUCCCCUGGACAACGCGCGUUGCCACCACGAUCCGCCACUGCUGGAUCCGCAGCUUAUUUCAGUACAUGGCGAACUACUUGACACCACCUGGUCGGAACAGCUGUCGCCUCACCUCCAGCGAAACAAACAGCUCCAGGACACCUUGAUGCAGAAGGAGGAAGAGCUGGCAAGAUUACAGGAAGAGAAUAAUAAACUCAAGGAGUUUUUGAACUCGUCGUAUGUGAAGUCUCUUGAAGAAAAGUCAAAGAGGUUUCUCUCUGCUCAGAGAAGCUUGGAUACAAGGCCCAAGAAGAGAGUUCUGCAGGAGCAGGGUGAUAUCCUGACCCUUAGGCAUAUUUUGGAGGGUGGCGAGGGGAAACGGACAUGCCGUAACCUCUCUCUGGAGUUCUGUUCGGCUGAGGAGAUGGCGGCCACACCACCCCUGGACUCCUGGAUCCUGGAGACCCUGGGGCUGCAGGAUGAGGACACCAUCGACCCAGAAAGCAGUUUCAGUAGCCCCACGACUGACCACACUCCAUCGUUCAGCUCUCCUGCGCCAAGCUCUGACAGCACCACAUGCAGUCCAAACACUGACAGCCACUGUGAAUACAGUGCCAUAGACUCAUCAUGCAGCUUUAGCCAUAGCAUGGACGCCAACACAGAGUAUUCGACCCUUGACCUUUCACCUCUGUACACUGUCACCUCCACAGGGUCACUGGUGAGCUCUCUGCCAGCUAUCGUUCCUACUGGACACUUCACCCCACCCCGGGCGGCGUCAACACCCCAACGCGCACACAGUGCAAGCUGCAGCCCCUCCUGUCCACCAGGGGGUGAUGGUGUGCUGUUCUCCACACCACGCGCAACCCGUAGCAGAAUGGACUUGGCUUUUAGCAUGUCAUUAAGUCCACAGAGCAGUGUGAAGACACACACUUUCCCACAUGGACAGGCAUUCACACGCAGAGACUCACAAGGCGGAUGGAACUUCACCUGGGUGCCUAAACAGUGUUCUUAAAGCAUGUUGUGACAGCUAUAAUUUUGACCACAGAAUCCCCUCUGUUUUUAAAACGAACGCGCGCCCUCUAGCUGCUGGGUAAAAAAUGGACAAUACGGUUUUUAAAGAGCAACCAUGUACAUGUAUAUUAUGCAGUUCUGUGGUAAAGGUCUUUUUAAAUGUCUUCCAGUGUGUCUACACUAACAGUGACUAAUGAAACAUGGGACCCCAUAACUGACAGAAAACUGUUAACAAUGGAACCCUCAAAAAAUGAUUUGUAAAAAUCAUUUAAAAUUCACUUAAAAUGUAUUGACAUUAUUGUUUCUGGCCAGUGGGUAUAUAGGGUGAUUUGAUUGAUCUGUGAUUGACAGACAGUAUUCCAUCUGUUCUGUUAGAUGCUAGGCUAAGAUGCACUUAUCAAUAAACAAUCAUUCAAUU